UUGUGCGUAUUGGAACGACGACCGACUGACAUUUUGUGAACGCGAACUGUAGUGUACACAAAUCGAAAAGUGUACACACCGAACCACAUAUCCACGGGUUUCAGAAGAAAUAAAAUUAACAAAUAGAGCGCAAACGGCAAUUGAAAAAACGAAAUUAAUCGAGAAAAACGGGAAAAGCAAUAAUAACGACCGACGCUGCUGAGAUUGCGAUGGCUAUGGACCGAUAUCGCGUACAAACCGCACAUCGGUGGCUUUUAAAACAAACGAACUACAUAUUAUGUGAUUAGAUUGGGUGACGGGGAUGAGAAAAUGUGGAAAAUGCGAAAAACGGCGUGAAGAGUGUAACAUUUUUCGAAACACCUUUUAUUUUCGAAAAAUUUUCGCGGCGAAGGUACGCGAUUGGCUGCGCUAGGGAAUCGUCGGGAACUGGCCGGGCGGACUGUAGAAACGGAGCGGUGCUUGAUUUUUUACGCCACGGGUUCACUAUAGCCAGCGUUUUCUGUUCCAUUGGUACACUAUACCUAGGGGGCGCAACGGUUCUCGGAAAUGUCAUUUUAUAGUACAGGGAGGAUUUAAAUUUUGUAAUAUUCAAAACUUCAAAAUAAUAGCAAUGGAGAAGUCAACUAAUAAAAGUUGUAGAAGAUCAUUAUUUGAUAGAUUUUCAGAAGAAAUUGACAAUGAAGAGUCUACAAUUGCUUUUUCAAAUAAUAGAGAAACAACGAAUAUGAAUGAUGAGAAUACAUCAAUUGAUGAAAACAUUGAUUUGAUCAAACGUGAAUGCGAAGCUAAGCUUAAAGCAUUUGAUGAUGCAUUUGAAACAAUUUAUGGCAAUAAUGAAGUGAAUUUUAUUCAAGUCCUGCAAAUGGCUGAAGAAGUGCAAGUAAAUUGUAUACGUUUGAUAAAUUUAGUUAAGACACAAAUCAAUUCAAUUGAAAAGUUAAGAUCUAAAAUAAAUUUACUGGAAAACAAACAUCUUAAUACUAUAAAUAAGUUACAACUGGAAGUCACAAAAUUAAACUUGCAACUCAAACAGCAAUCUUCAUUUAUUUGUACUAUAGGGUCUACAUUUUGUUACUCUUUGUCAAGAGCAACUCAAACAUCUUCAGCGAUUGAUAUGAUUUUACAAGAAGAUUGCAUAACAAAUAUGGCUCAAUUAAUUACUAAUAUGCUUAGUUGUUUUAUUCGACAAUAUAAUAACAAGAUGCCAUCAACAAAAACAAAUCAAAUGAAAUUUGUGUUACAUAUGUUAAGAGUAGUAGUUAACCUAUCAACCACAGAAAGUGGUUGUCAUUUUUUGUCACAAGUUAAUGAUGGAAUUAAUAUUAUUAACCUCAUUGUAUCGUUGGUAUUGCACACACCUCCUUCACAUGGUGUUUUAAAAAAGAUUGCUUACACAACAUUGUAUAAUGUGAGCAAUCGAUUUAAUGGACACUUACUUAUGGAAAACAAUAAACUUAUACAAACAUUAAAUAAUGACAUCAAAUUAGUCCCUAACGGGGGCAAUAACUAUGUAAUAUUGUUCUCUAUAAACUUACUACAUUCUCUAACUGAAAAAAUGAAUAAAUCGAUGUACACAAUUCUUAAGAAUGAAAUAAAUUUACAAGAAAUACUCAAACUAACAAGGUAUACAGAGACAGAAUCAAAAGCUAGAAAAAUAUAUAAUAACAUUAAGAUUGCUAGUGAAAAAUAUAACAAUGAGUGAAUAACUAUUAGAUAAAUAUAAAA